AUGGUAACGCCCCUUAAGCGUCUUGGCGAAGAACCCGCCUUCAUCGACUGCCCACACUGCGAAAAGCGCACAAAAACGAAGGUCGAAAAGGUUGACUCUAGUCAAACUAGUCUAGCCGCGGCCUUCUGUUGCCUUUGUUGCGGCGUCAUUACAGUAUUCAUUCCUUUCCUUUGCCACUGGUGCGCAGACAUCGACCAUCGCUGCUAUGAGUGUGGGAAACAGGUGGCUCACAGGCCACAUGACGGACAGAUGCAGGAGAUGUUACCCCAAGAACCUGUUCAGAAGCCAUCCAUGUACAUUGACAAGAAGUAA